UCAGUAUCAACGCUCAGCAUUAUCACUCUAAACUUUGUUCCAAUGGCGACUCAAAGAUUCGGAUAUGAUGUGUUCCUAAGCUUCAGAGGGGAAGACACGCGUUAUGGUUUCACCGGCAAUCUCUACAAAGCUCUGUGUGACAGGGGAAUUCAUACUUUCAUCGAUGAUGAGGAACUUCAGCGUGGAGAUGAAAUCACAGCAGCACUUAUGAAAGCAAUUGAAGAGUCUAGGAUUGCCAUCGUUUUGCUCUCUCAAAACUAUGCUUCUUCCUCCUUCUGCUUGGAUGAGCUUGCAACCAUCCUUCACUGCCACACCAAAGGAUUGUUGGUUAUACCGCUCUUUUAUAAGGUCAACCCUUCUGAUGUCAGACAUCAUAGAGGUAGUUAUGGAGAAGCAUUGACUAAGCAUCAGAGAAUGUUUAAAGAUAAGAAGAAGUUGCAGAAAUGGAAGAUGGCUCUGCGUCAAGUAGCUGACUUGUCUGGCUAUCAUAUCAAAGACGGUGAUGGAUACGAAUACAAGUUUAUUGGGAGUGUUGUGGACGAGGUCUGCCACAAGAUUAAUCCAACUCGUUUACAUGUUGCGGAUUACCCUGUUGGACUAGGGCCACAAGUGCUUGAAGUGAGAAAGCUUUUAAAUGUGGAAUGUGGUGAUGGAUUCCACAUGAUAGGGGUCCAUGGAAUGGGUGGUGUAGGAAAAACAACACUCGCUUUAGCAGUUUAUAAUUUGAUUGCUGACUGUUUUGAUGGUUCUUGUUUUAUUCAAAACGUGAGAGAGAAAUCAAACAAACAUGGGCUGGAACACCUCCAAAGCAUCCUUCUUUCAAAAAUACUUGGUGAUAAGGACAUCAACAUAGCAAGUGAACAUGAAGGAAUUUCAAUGAUACAACAAAGGUUGCAGCGAAAAAAGGUUCUCUUGAUUCUUGAUAAUGUUGACAAGUGCGAGCAGCUACAGACACUGGCUGGAAGCCCUGAUUGGUUUGGUCCCGGCAGCAGGGUCAUCAUCACAACUCGAGAUACACAUCUGCUUGCAUCUCAUCAGGUCAAAACAACAUAUGAGGUCAAGACAUUGAAUAAAGAUGAUGCUCUUCAGUUACUUAAAUGGAAAGCUUUCAAAACGAAACAUGUUGAUCCUCGUUACGUGGAGGUCUUAAAUGAUGUGGAAAUUUAUGCUUCUGGCCUUCCAUUGGCUUUGGAAGUAAUUGGUUCCAACCUGUUUGCAAAAACUGUGGAACAGUGGAAAUCUGCUAUCAAUCAAUAUAAAAGAAUUCCUAACAGUCAAAUCCUUGAUAAACUUAAAGUAAGCUUCGAUGCUUUGGAGGAAGAGGAGAAGUGUGUUUUUCUUGACAUUGCUUGUUGCUUCAAAGGAUAUGAACUGACAGAGGUUGAGGUUAUGCUUCGUGCUCUCUACGAUGACUGCAUGAAACAUCAUAUUAGUGUGCUGCUUGAAAAAUCUCUCAUAAAGAUUGGUUGGUUUAAUACAAUUGAAAUGCACGAAUUAAUUGAGGACAUGGGAAGACAAAUUGACCAGAAACAAUCAUCGAAAGAGCCAGGAAAGCGCAGGAGAUUAUGGUUAUCUAAAGAUAUAACUGAUGUUUUAAAGGACAACACAGGAACUAGCAGGAUUGAGAUGCUAUGUUUUGAUAUCUCCAUGUCUGAGAAAGAAGAAACACUAGAUUGGAAUGGAAACGCCUUUGGAAAUAUGAAAAACCUUAAAAUACUUGUUAUUAGAAAUGGGAAAGUUUCCGGAGGUCCCAAUUGUUUUCCAGAAAGUUUGAGAGUACUGGAAUGGCAUGAAUACCCUUCAAAUUGUUUACCAUCUAACUUUGAUCCGACAAAACUUGUGACAUGCAAGUUACCUAACAGUCAUUUUACGUCAUUUGGAUUUGGCUCAUCAAAGAAGUUAGAGAAUCUAACCGAAUUGAAUUUUGACAACUGCCAACUUUUAACACGGAUGCCUGACGUAUCAGAUCUCCCAAAUUUGGAGAAACUUUCCUUUGAGCGGUGUAAGAGUUUAAUUGCAGUUGAGGAGUCAAUUGGUUUUCUAAAUAAACUUAAAAUAUUGAAAGCUCAACGUUGCACGAAGCUUAGGAGGUUUCCACCUCUGAACUUGCCCUCUCUUGAAAAACUUGAACUUUCAGAUUGUUCAAGUCUUGAGAAUUUUCCAGAAAUAUUAGGAGAGAUGGGAAAUAUUGGGGAACUUAGUUUGUCUAAACUUGCCAUAAAAGAGUUAACAGUUUCAUUUCAAAAUCUUACUGGGCUCCGAGAAUUAGACGUGAAAUGUGAUUUUCUUCAGUUAAGUCACAUUGCCUUGACGCCUUCAUUGUGUGAUUUGAACGUUGGUAAAUGCAAGGAGUGGAAAUGGGUAAAAUCAAAAGAUGGAGAAGAAGAAAUGGGCUCAACGGUAUUUUCAGAUCUACGUUACUUUCAGCUUAACUCCUGCAACCUGAACGAUGAUUUUUUUCGAGCAGGUUUCACGCAGUUGACCACAGUGAUUUCCUUAAACCUAUCGGAAACUGAUAUCACAUUCAUUCCUGAGUGCAUCAAAGAAUUUCACUGCCUGUAUGAUCUUAAUGUGAAUAGAUGCACGCGUCUACAGGAAAUUAGAGGGGUUCCACCAAACCUGCAUACUUUCUGGGCGAUAGAGUGUACAUCAUUGACUUCCUCGGGUUCAAGCAUGUUGUUGAAUCAGGAACUUAACCAGCUUCGACGGACUACUUUUAUGUAUCGAGGAGGAAGUAUUCCAAGGUGGUUUGAUAAAGAAAGCAGAGGACCUUCAAUUUCUUUCUGGUUUCGUAAUGAAUUCCCUCCCAAAGUUCUUUGUCUUCUUAUUGCACCUGUACUUGAUGAUAUCACUUUAAACUUGGUUAUACCCGUGGUGUUAAUCAACGGCAAAGAUCUAGAAUAUACUUCUUUGAGCCGUCGGAAGAGACGAGUGAGGAUGGUGGAAUUGGAUCAUAUACACCUCUUUGAUCUACAUGACUUUCAGUUCCUUGAAGAUCUGAGGAAAAUGGCUUCAGAAAAGGAGUGGAAGCAUGUGGAGAUUACAUACCAAGGUUUGUUUGAUACCUCACUCAUCAAAUCAAUGGGAAUCCAUAUAGUCAAAUCGGAAAGAAGAGGCAUAAAGGACAUUCGAUAUGAUGAUCCUUACACCACCACAAAAGUGUCCCCAUUCAACUUCUUUAUAACUUUUCUUCCUUUCUUUUCUCGCUUUUUGUUUGCCCUCAUUUUAUUUAUUAGUAUCAUGGCCUACCCAAUCCAAUUAUGACACUUUUAUUUGGGUUUAUAU